AUGGAGUCCCGAAUGAUUGCAGAUCGAAUUUCAAGCUCGUCUCUAGUCGACCCCAUCGUUCAAAUCUCCAAGAACCUGGCAUCUCAUCAACGCCACCUCAUACAACUUUAUUCAUCCCUUGGGUACUCUCAACCAACACUUCUCGUGGAAAGAAAAUUUUCUGAAUUAUAUCAAGUUAUCCUCAUGACUAUCAAGGAUCAAGCGAAUGAAGUGAAAGAAGAAGUCGAAGCCGUCACUAGAGAAAUUCAAGAUCUCAACGACGACAUUCAGUACCUCCGGGUAUAUCUUGAUGACCAUCGACUGAAACCUUGGGAUCUUGAAGCACUUUUGGAUCAUGAAGUCACUAUCUCACGUCUUAAACAACUUCAAAAGAUCAAGCGAGAUCUUCUACAUCUGAAAUAUGAAAGAGAAUCUGAAGAUAUCAGAUUUAGCAACUCAGGUCCUGAUAUCAAUCUAGGAUACCUCCAGAAACUAGAGAAGCACUACAUAGAAUGUGAUCAAGAAGCUUCAGAACCCUCCUCGUCAUUUUCUGUAACUCAAGACUACGAUCAAGCUCGGUUUGAUUCUGAGUUACCUGGUCAUCUAGGAAGUAACGGAAUUUCUGAAUUUACUGAUAGUGGAUUUGGUCAUCAGAGAAUAAUUUCAAUGCCUGUCACACAUGAGAACCCGACUCACGCUCAGAAUAGAAUUUUGCGGCUAAAAAAUGAAGCUUUAAGCCGUUCGAGGGAGACUCCGAAUUAUUACAGUAAAGAUGUUGGAUGUUGGGACUCCUCACUUCAGUAUGACAGGAAACGAGAUGAGCGCCUAUCAAGCAAUUUGGGGGCGAUUUUCAAUUAUGAGAGAUCUUCGCAGUUAAGACUUACCUAUAUGCUGAAUAGCCAAGAGAAAGUCAAGGUGAUACGGCAGGAAUGGAUAAUCAAAGGAAUGGGUUAUGAGAAAACAGGGAGUUCAUUAAGUGAAGCUGAAUGGUAUAAGGGCUCUAACACUCUUAAGGUGUUGUAG